AAAGCCAACAGAGAAAGAAAUGAAGUAUGUACCAACAGAAGGCAGCAUCCAGUUGAGUUUAUUGUCUCCAUGGGAGUGGAUAAUGUGCUUUCUCUGUACUCUCUCACGCGAAGCAACGCAUUUAGUGCUUUUUGGGGCUUGGCAGCCUAAAAGCGGGACAAAUUCGGUUCUAAGGCUGUACAUAUAAGGCAAAUGAUUUACGUGCAAUGCAAAAAGAAGCAUAGUUCGUGUUUAAUUUUUUAAUACAUUGUUAAAUUAUCACUAAUAGAAAAUACAAUUACGGGUAAAAUCUAAUCUAAAGAGAAACAGCUACUGCGAUAAUUAAUUAAAAAUGCAAAAACUGUAAUGUCUAAAUUAUUAUUCAAACUGCGGAAUGAACGUUUUCAAUAUUUCACUAAACCAUCUCCUUUAAACAAAGCAUUUAUAGAACUUACAGAAAAUACGCACGAAGAGCAGUCUUCGAUUUACAUAUUAAAAAAAAACGUGAUUGCCAGGUAAAAAAGUUUACCGUCAAAAUGCCAGCGGGCAGAGUAGCCGGUAAAGCUGGCUAUUCUAAUCACUACUACAACGGACGAUCAUAUGUUGGCAUCAACGAAGAAAUUAUGUGGGUCAGUAUAGGAAUGGGUGUAACGAUUGCAAUACUCAUAACAAUCGCGUUAUGUUAUAUUGCUCGUGAGAAGUGUCAAAAACGUCAACGAGAAUAUUAUGUGACCGCGUAGUUCCUUUUGUAACCAGCCUGCUAACUACUCCAUUACAUGAUUUUGUUGGUCGCCAAGAAUGUAGCUUUUUGCCAUAGCUUUCCGAAGAAUUAUUCAUCCCAAAUGAAAUGUUUAGAAUUAAACGAUUAUAUUGCAAAAAGCAGAUAUUUUAACGUGUGAAAAAUAAAUGCAACGCACAAGACACUUCACACUUCCGUAAAGUAAAAAGGUAUAUAUUUUACUAACAUACAUGUGUAUGUAUGCAGGUACAGAGUUGAAGUAUAUACCUAAUCAUAUUGGUAUGUACAUAUAUGAGUAUAUAUUAUAUAUGUAUGUGUCAAAAAUUGUAUUGUAAUGUUAUGAAAUAGAAUUUAAAAAAAUAUAUACUAAUUAAAAAAAACUAGGCCCUAUAUUAUAUACAAUUUAAGACCCAGGAUCCUCUAACAAGCCUUUUUUAUUGAUGUUACCUUACGUAAUAUAAUCAAGGAACAUCUCUGCUCAAUAUACAUACAUUAUUUAUCAUAUGGAAAUACCUUAUGAAAAUAAAAAUAAAAAGAAAAACAGGUAUUUAUGCACUUUAAUUGUUGUUGAAUUUUGCAAACGGAAAGAAAAAAUAUAAAUAUUGAUAUUGGAUUGUUAAACAUGGAGAAAUUUGUAUUUACACUUCAAGAAAACUAUAGCAUUAUUGAUCAAGUUAUGUGAUGUACAUUUUAUGUAAGUUGUACUCCUGCAUGUAUUUAUUGAAAAUCGGUUACUUUUAAGCCUUGCGAAUAAUAAACAAUUAUUUAAAUGUGUAAGCCAUUAUUAUAAUUAUUUACUAGAUUAAUAAACAUAAUUUAUAGUUUUUAUUAAUAAUUUUGGCACCCCACCGUAAGUACAUGCGAGUAUACACACUUAUGCUCAUAUUAAAAUAUUUACCGAUUAAACUGUUUUUAUAAAAAUAAGACGCAAAUUUAAUUUUAUGUUAAAUCAACUGCACCUUUUCC